AUGGGCUCCUUGGAGAAGAAUACCAAGUCCACGUUCUCCGUCGGCGCCGACAUGGAAGAUGCUGCCAUCAACCCCGAUCCGGCCUAUGUUCAAGCUCUUGUCGAUGUUGAUGACAAGAAUAUCGACCUUGCUGCAAAAGUGCUGGCACAUGCGCAUGAUGAGGCACCUAUCACGCAAGAAGAGAUGGACGCUGUCAGGCGAAAGAUUGAUUGGUACAUGGUGCCAAUGCUUUUUGUCUGCCUGCAGUUGUCUGGAUGGGACAAGGUUGUCAUUGGAACAGCAGCUAUAUACGGACUGGAGAAGGAUCUCGGACUCACUGGAUACCAGUACAGCUGGGUUGGUUCGAUUAUGUAUUUUGACCGGUCCGUGUCUAUACUUGUAGCUUUUUUGAUUGCAAUCUUUCCAACUCUGUGGCUUCUACAGAGACUCCCUACUGGGAAGUACCUGGCUGCCAAUAUCUUCCUCUGGGGGGUAGUAGAAAUGUGUCAUGCCGCAUGCACGAAUCCAGCAUCCAUCCUCGUUUGUCGUUUUCUUCUGGGCCUUUUCCAAUGCUGUGAUUUACCGGCGAUGAUAAUCAUAGCCACGAUGUGGUGGAAAAAAGAAGAGCAACCAGUACGCAACGCAAUGAUUUGUGCAGUCACUUCAUCCAUUGGCAACGGUCUCAUCUCGUUUGCAUUCGGACACUUGACGCACCCGACUCUUCCAAAAUGGAAGUAUAUCUUCUUGGCUGUAGGUGGCUUCACCGUACUCUACGGUGCGUUGAUGUUCUUCAUACUCCCCAAUGGACCGGCCGAGGCUUUCUUUUUGUCCGAACGAGAGAAAGUCGUCGCCAUCGAGCGGCUGCGAGGCGAGAAACUAGGUAUCGAGAAUAAAACCUGGAAGUGGGAGCAGUCUUGGGAAGCAGUCCUUGACUGGAAGAACUGGAUCUUGUGGAUUUUCUUCAUCGCGGUGAAUAUUCCAAACGGUGGUCUGAUCUCGUUCUCUACUAUUAUCAUUGAUUCGCUUGGGUUUUCGUCGGAAGAUUCGUCUUUGAUGACCAUUCCCACUGGUGUCGUUUCUACCCUUUCUGGCAUCUUCUUCAGCUGGCUGGCUGGAAGGACGACCAAGUACCGAUCCUUGGUCACUAUGGCAAGUCUAAUCAUGCCAUUAAUCGGAACAAUUCUAGUAUAUGUCUAUCCCCGUUCAAACACGGCUGCUCAAUUGGUAGGCAUUUAUAUGCUCUACGGGUACUGGGCUCCCUACGUUUGCGGCCUUGCGCUUUUCCAAGCAAAUACAGCUGGUCGAUCGAAAAAGACCACCGUCAACGCUAUGGACUAUGUGGCAUAUGCUGUUGGUAACAUCGUUGGCCCACAGACUUUUAUUUCCGACCAAGCUCCGAAAUAUACCGGCGCAGUUAUUGCCAUGCUUCUGUGCUACUGCGUUUGUAUUGUCUUGGCUGGUAUAUAUGGCUUGGUGUGCAAAUGGGAGAAUGCACAGCGUGACAAGGCCCAAGAUGCCAGCCAACUCGAGAUGGCUGAGGACGAACAUGUGGACGAUUUCCUUGAUUUGACAGACAAGCAGAAUCAUAGUUUCAGAUAUAUUACCUAG